CUGCCAGUCAUGAGUUCAGGGACACGAAACAAGCAAAUAAGGAUGUGCAGAAUAAUGAACUAGAACAGUGAGCUUGUGAUCACUUAUUAGUUCAACUUAUACAUUUAGUAGCGAUUAGACAUUUGUUAUUUAAACAGAUCUUUUCAAGAUCAUUUGAAUGCUCUCAAUAUGAGCGGCCAGGACGGCGUCAAGUUUGAUCCAAAAGAGCACCAGCACCAGCGUUACAACCCCCUGACGGAUCGCUGGGUGCUGGUCUCCGCUCACCGCAUGACGAGGCCCUGGGCCGGCCAGAAGGAGAGCGUAUCCGAGCAGCAAGUGGUCCGGAGCGAUCCUCAAAACCCCCUCUGUCCCGGGAACACACGCGCCAACGGACAGGUGAACCCAGACUAUGAGAGCACAUUUGUGUUUGAAAAUGACUUCCCCGCCUUGCAGCCAGACGCACCUGACCCCCCCCAGGGAUCAGAUGGUGAUUCGUUGUUCCAGUCUAAAGCAGCGAGGGGCAAGUGUCAGGUGAUGUGUUUCCACCCCUGGUCUGAUAUCACCCUCCCCCUCAUGAGACAGGAUGAGGUCAUCAAGGUGAUCGACAAGUGGGCGGAACUUGUGGAGGAAUUAGGCGCCACCUACCCCUGGGUUCAGAUCUUUGAGAAUAAAGGAGCUACGAUGGGAUGUUCUAAUCCCCACCCACACUGUCAGGUGUGGGCCAGUAGCUUCCUGCCUAAUGAGGCAGUGGUGUCGGACCGCAGUCAGAAAGCCUACUAUCAACAACAUCAGCAACAGCUGCUGCUACGCUACGCUGAACAGGAAGCUAACCGACAGGAACGUGUGGUGGUUCAGUCGUCUGAUUGGCUGGCUGUGGUUCCGUAUUGGGCCACAUGGCCGUACCAGACGAUGCUGUUACCACGACGACGACACAUUCUCAGACUCACUGACCUCACCACUGAAGAGAGAAGGGACCUGGCUGACGUCAUGCGGCGGCUGCUCACCAAGUACGACAACCUGUUCCAGGUGUCCUUCCCCUACUCCAUGGGCUGGCACGGUGCUCCCACAGGUCCUCACCUGUCUGGAGGGGUGGACCACUGGCAGCUCCACGCCCACUACUACCCCCCCCUCCUGCGCUCCGCCUCCGUCAGGAAGUUCAUGGUGGGAUACGAGAUGUUGGCCCAGGAGCAGAGGGACCUAACCCCUGAACAGGCAGCAGAGAGGUUGAGGAAUGUCCCUGAUGAACACUACAGGAACCGGAAGAAGAGCGAGGAGAAAGAGUGAGAUCUGGUGGACGAAGAGGAGGAGGGGGUUUACCCAUGAUAAACCGAGUUAUUGUCUGAUUAAAUUGUUACUUCAUCUCAUAACUAUAAAGGAUAUUGCUUCCUCAAAGAACUGAACAGAUAAUUCAAUUAUUGAAAUCAAUGAAUAUUAAAUAAGGGUUGAUACCACUGCAAUAAAAACAUGAACACUG